GGAGCUGCUUUAGUAGCAAAGGUACAGCCUUAAGGCUAAAAUCAAACAGAGAACAGAACCACAACAGACACUAUGUUGGGUUCCUUAUUCCUGGUUUGGGGAUUUAUCUGCCUCAUCUUCCUCUUCAUCAGGAUCCAGAGACCCAAGAACUUCCCUCCUGGACCCCGGCCUGUGCCUAUAUUCGGGAACCUGUUCCAGCUGAACAUUACCAAUCCUCUGAAGGACUUUGAGAGGUUUGCUGAGCAGUAUGGGAAUGUGUACAGUGUGUAUUUUGGAGGAAGACCAGCAGUAAUUCUAAAUGGGUUUAAGGCUGUGAAGGAAGCUCUGGUGACCAAGGCUGCAGACUUUUCAGGACGCCCAAAAAAUGUCCUGAUCAGUGAUGUAACAAAGGGGAAAGGUAUUGUAUUUCUUGACUACAAUUCUAUGUGGAAGGAGCAUCGUCGCUUUGCCCUCACGACUCUGAGGAACUUCGGCAUGGGGAAGCAGUCCAUGGAGGAGAGGAUUCUGGGAGAGACUGAACACCUUAUUGAAUGCUUGGAGAAACGUGUUGGAGGCACCAUGGAUCCUCAGACUUUCUUCCAUAACGCUACAUCAAAUAUCAUCUACUUAGUUUUAUUUGGCACUCGAUACAACUACGGAGAUGAAACUCUAAAUAUGUAUGUUAAGCGCAUCACUGAACUAGCAAAGAUCGCCAAUGGACCCUGGGGAAUGAUAUAUGAUACAUUUCCGAUGUUAAGAGGGCUACCCCUUCCCUUUAAGAAAGCUGAAGAAAAUUAUGAGACGCUUGCAAAGAUUUCAGCAAACGUCGUCAACAAAUACAAGCCAUCAAGAGUGCAGGGAGAGCCAGAAAACUUUGUCGGUUGUUAUCUGGAUGAGCUUGAUAAGAGAGGAAAUGAUGGAUCCUCCUUUAAUGAGGCACAACUUGCAAGAUAUAUAGUUGACCUCCACGCUGCUGGAACAGAGACCACCUCCAACACCCUCCUAACAGCCUUCCUGUACCUCAUCACACAUCCAGACAUUCAAGAGAAAUGUCAGCGAGAGAUUGACGAGGUUCUGGAGGGUAAAGCUCAUGUAUCUUUUGAGGACAGACAGAAGAUGCCAUAUGUGCAGGCUGUGAUGCAUGAGUCUCAGCGUAUUGGCAGUACUGUGCCCCUUAGUGUACCUCACUGCACCACCAGUGAUACUGAACUGAUGGGCUACACCAUCCCUAAGGAUACUUUUAUUUUGCCCAACCUUUACUCUGUGCUAAAUGAGGAAGGCCAGUGGAAGUUUCCACACGAGUUCAAUCCUGCUAACUUCUUGAAUGAGAAGGGCCAAUUCGAGAAGCCUGAGGCCUUCAUGCCCUUUUCUGCUGGACCUCGUACAUGUCUCGGUGAGAGUCUGGCUCGCAUGGAGCUCUUCCUUAUCUCCGUCACCUUACUGCGGAGGUUCCAGUUCUUCUGGCCUGAAGAUGCAGGAGAACCGGACUUCACUCCUGUAUAUGGAAUCACGCUCACACCAAAACCCUACAGGAUGGGAAUCAGACUGAGACAGUCAGCUAAAUAAAUGAUUAUGCUAUAUGAUGCUGCAUUAAAA